AUGACCUCGCUCUCACUAUCACUAGGCCCGGCAGCCUUGAUCCAGCUCCACGACGUCUUGAUAUGUCUAGCCAAAUUCAGCGAAACAGUCGCCAUCGAAGCAGAACCAGAUGUUCUCCGCUUAAGUGCUCUCAAUUCCACCAAGACGGGCUUUGCAUCCUUCGCAUUUGAGAAGGAGGUUUUCUUUGAAAAGUAUGCCUUCAGUGCGCGUGGAGAUGGUCGCAGUGGAAGUAGUUUACUAGACCGGUUCUUUUGCCAAAUUUAUAUCAAGGCACUUCUGUCUAUCUUCCGUGGGAGAAUUGAUAGAAACAAAGAUACAGCCGUGGAACGCUGUGAUAUGGAAAUCCAUGAAGAUUCACAGCAGACAGAAUGUCGACUGACGGUGAAGAUGAUAUGUGGACUCGGUGUGAUCAAAUCGUACAAGCUCACUUACGAGCCAGCUGCCAUCCAACAUGCCGUCUUCGACAAAUCAAAGGCUACAAGCAUGUGGGCAGCCGAUCCAAAGUUUAUAAAGCAGCUUAUCGAUCACUUCAGCCUAUCAGCCGAGCAGCUAGACAUGUACUCCGAUUCAAGCAGGGCAGUAUUCACGAGUUUUACAACAAAGAUUAUGGAAGGCAAAGAAGUUCUCAAACACCCAGUUCAUACCUCCGUCGCCGCCGAUAAACGCGAUUUCCAAGACUACAUAGUCGAAGAAAACAUGCACGUGGCAAUCAACCUAAAAGACUUCAAAGCAAUAAUCGCCCACGCAGAAACAGCGAACGUAACCGUAACAGCACGCUACACACGACCCUGCAAACCUCUGCAACUAGAAUACAAAUUCGAAGGCGUGAAUGCCGAAUUCACAAUCAUGACCCGCGGCCAAGCAGACAUCGACGACACUUUGACUUCAUCACGCGCUACCAUCCCCCGACAAACUCCCGCUCCAAUCCCAGUCUCGAGUCAUGCUCGGACUCGACCCUCGGCGCCGAGUACGCAGAUGCCUCCGCCUCCACGGCGGAGUCGAUCCAUUCGUCCGCUGAACGGAUCAUCGACGCAAGAGAAUCUUUCUCAGCGGGCUGGGUCGGAGAGACUCCCUGCUUCUGGUCCUUCGAUGGAAUUCGAUAGUCUUUUCGUUCCUGCUGAUGACGACCGACAGUGGGAUGAGAUGAAUGAGCAAGAAGCAGAGCCACAGGAUAUCCUGGGGUGGGAUGCGUCUGGGACGCAGGAUGCUUUCGGGACUUCGCUGCACGAUACUGAGCCUGCGUUCUCGAGGCAGGAUGAAGAACCUGAAGAUGAGACGGGGUUGCCGCCUACGCAGCGUCUAUCUCAAAUUCGGCACUUGGGACUUUUCGAUUGA